UGCAGGUGGAAGCCUGGCAUUACUCACGGGCACUUCGCUCACCCUUUCCAUUAUGCCCUCAUUUUAAACAGCUGAAGUUCCACCUGACCCAUCGAUGAUACCCGGAACAAAACCCGCACCCGCAGCGCAGCCCCUCCUGCCGGGCUCAGCGCCGAUCUCUGCAGUUCUCCAGCCGCUGACCGCUACCCCGCGAAGCCUCGGGCGGAGCCCCCAGCAGCGCGGAGUUCCGUGCCCGUCCGCAGCAUCCCGGGGCACGGCGCUGCCGUCGCUGCGGAGUGCCGCCCGCGGCGGGGGGCGGCGCGGAGAAGCGCCGGGCGCGGUGGGGGCCGCUCCCAGAGGACGGGCCGCGGCCGUCGGAGGUGGGCGCUGAGCGGCUGCGGGCGCUCCUCCCGCGCGGUGCCGCCCGGUGCCCGCCAUGGCAGAGCGGAGCGCCGAGCCGCUGCCCGCCUGCUUCGCGGGGCUGGGCGCGGGCAGCCCUCGGCCGCGGCAGAAGCGCGGCGGGAUGUUCUGCAGCGUGGAGGACGCCUUCGACAACAAGACGUUGGAUUUUCCCUCGCUCGGCGGCGGCGGCGGCUGCGGUCGGUCCCGUGGCUCCGCGACCCCGUCCGACGGCAGCAGCAGCCCCGCGCCGCCGCCGCCGCCACGCUCUCCGGGGGCCGCCACCGCGGGUCGAGAUGUCGGGACGUCCGACGGCUGCCGGCAGAGCGAGCAGCUUCUGAUCAAGGGCGGAAAGAUCGUCAACGACGACCAGUCUUUCUAUGCCGACGUGUAUGUGGAGGAUGGCUUGAUAAAACAGAUUGGAGAGAACCUGGCUGUUCCCAGCGGGGUGAGGACGGUGGAUGCCUACGGGCAGCUGGUGGUGCCGGGCGGCAUCGAUGUGCACACGCGGCUGCAGAUGGCUGUGAUGGGGAUGGCCUCUGCUGAUGACUUCUACCAAGGCACGAGGGCAGCCCUGGCAGGAGGAACCACGAUGAUAAUGGACCACGUGCUGCCCGAGGCUGGGACCAGCCUGCUGGCUGCCUACGAGCAGUGGCGGCAGCGUGCUGACAGCAGGGCCUGCUGCGACUACGGGCUGCACAUCGACAUCCCCCGCUGGCACGAGGGCCUGCAGGAGGAGCUGGAGGCGCUGGUGAAGGACAAGGGUGUGAACUCCUUCCUGGUUUUUAUGGCCUACAAGGACAGACUUCAGUGCACUGACGCCCAGAUGUAUGAAAUAUUCUGCAUUAUUCGAGACCUGGGGGCCAUAGCCCAAGUGCAUGCUGAAAAUGGAGACAUCAUUGAGGAGGAGCAGAAGAGGCUGCUGGACAUUGGGAUCACUGGGCCAGAGGGGCACGUCCUGAGCCGCCCCGAGGAGGUCGAAGCAGAGGCCGUGUACCGUGCGAUUACAAUAGCAAAACAAGCCAACUGCCCCUUGUACAUCACAAAAAUAAUGAGCAAAAGUGCAGCGGAUGUGGUAGCUCAAGCAAAGAGAAAAGGCACUGUGGUGUACGGUGAGCCCAUCACUGCCAGCCUGGGUGCCGACGGCUCGCACUACUGGAGCAAGAACUGGGCCAAGGCUGCGGCCUUCGUCACCUCACCCCCGCUCAGCCCCGACCCCACCACGCCGGAGCGCCUCUCCUCCCUGCUGUCCUGCGGGGACCUGCAGGUGGCAGGCAGCGCUCACUGCACGUUCACCACCGCCCAGAAGGCCGUAGGGAAGGACAACUUCACCCUCAUCCCCGAGGGGACGAAUGGCAUCGAGGAGCGGAUGGCCAUAAUCUGGGAGAAGUGUGUGGUCUCAGGGAAGAUGGAUGAGAACGAUUUUGUGGCAGUGACCAGCACAAACGCUGCCAAAAUCUUUAACUGCUACCCCAGGAAGGGGCGAAUUGCGGUGGGCUCUGACGCAGACUUGGUCUUGUGGAACCCCAAGGCUACAAAAAUCAUCUCAGCGAAAACCCACAACUUGAAUGUGGAGUACAACAUAUUUGAAGGCAUGGAGUGUCAUGGGGCUCCUGCUGUGGUCAUCAGUCAGGGGAAAGUUGUUCUUGAGGACGGGAACCUGUUUGUCACCGAGGGCUCAGGUCGCUUCAUUCCCAGAAAGACGUUCCCUGAUUUUGUUUAUAAAAGAAUAAAGGCGAGGAACAGGCUGGCAGAGGUGCACGGUGUCCCACGGGGGCUGUAUGACGGCCCGGUCCACGAUGUUGUCCUCAGCACCAAAGCUGUGCCCACCAUCGCGGCCUCCAGGAUCGCAGGCUGUGCCAGCAAAGUGCCCGCCGUGCCCGUGCGCAACCUGCACCAGUCGGGGUUCAGCCUGUCGGGCUCUCAGGCUGAUGACCACGUUGCCCGGCGCACAGCCCAGAAAAUCAUGGCGCCCCCGGGCGGGCGCUCCAACAUCACCUCCCUGUCCUGAUGCUGCUCCCAUGGUGCUGGUGUGAAGGGCACGGCUGGUUCCCUCCAGCUCAGGGUGGAAGCGAGGUGGGCCCUGGGCACCUGAUGAACCUUCUUCUCUUAGGUAGAAAGUAGACGAAGCCCACCCAGAGGUAGCUCACCCACCUGUGUCCCCCAGUCCCUAGAGCUCCCACUCUGUGUCUCUUACCUGGAUCCUCAGAGCCCUUAGCAUAUGCAUGCCCACACCUAGAGGUACAUUUGAUGUGUGUUCAGCAGUGCUGCUCGCUGCUCUGUGCCCAGGAAGGCCAUGACAGUUUGUCUGGUGUUCAUUCCUUUCUAUCCCCAUGGCUGCCCUUCUCUAAGGACUGUUAACUGAUGAGCCCUGCCACAGUGCUGCGUGCUGGCAGCUGGCCCUGUGCUGGGGCUGUGCACAGGGGCUGCACGCCAGGCUGCUGUAGGCACGCUUUUUUAAAGGGUUAUUUAUAUGGUUUUUCAAGUACUGAGUGUCAGUGAAGUCUUACAGCCAGUAAGAGACCCAGCUGAAGGCUGCUUGCAUAUGGCAGGCUCUUUUAUAAAAUCUGUGCGAGGCAGUUUGUUACAUUGAAAGGUAUGUACAGAUAAGGUGAACCUCUGCCACAAAUCUAUGCAUGUCCCUCUGCCCCCUGCCUCGCAGUUGGUUUUCUGUUCCUUGCAUUGAAUAAACUUUGUUGGAAAUCCUGAAGUGAUGGAAGCAGCUGACCUGCGUCACUUUGUGUUCAUACCUCACCUUGCCACGUGCACUGGUUUGUAGAACAGCUGUGCCGGUCUGUGCUGUGUCUGUGGCUGUGCAGCUGCUGUGAGCUGAGCUGGGCUGCAGCUGUGUGCCUGAGCCCAAACACAGGGACCAGAGGCAGAUGGGGUGUCUGGAUCAAGCGUAUAUACUCAGAUAUAUUUAAACAAAUGACUUAAUUUUGUUUAAUGUCUCUCUUUUUUUUUUGCCUGCAAAUGCAACAAGGCUAUUGAAGAUCCAUUUACUUUCUUUGCAAGCAGCCGUUUUGCUUACAUCUAAAUAAAAGCAUUUUUGAAAACUGCAGAAGCAAUUCAUAGGGAAAGCACUCACUCGAACUCAUAUCCCUCACCUGCACAAUGCUGAAACCACAGCCAGCAAGAGCAAGGGCAGCAGUUACCCCAGCACAGGAUGCCCCAGCCUUGCACAAGCUCCACACAGCUGUUCUUAACAAGGGAGUGCUGCAAUCUGUGGCAGCUGGGCUCAUUCAUUUCAGGGUACCUGGGCAUGGGCCCACCCCUCCCUUCUGCUCUCCCUGGCACAGCUGUGGGCAGCCCCUCUGCAGGAG